GGCCCGCGCCACCCCCCCCUUCCCUCCCCGCUCCUCCUCCUCUUCCUCCUCCCUCGCCCCGCCUGUCCCGCCGCCAAGAUGGCGUCGGCCCUGGAACAGUUCGUCAACAGCGUCCGGCAGCUCUCGGCCCAAGGUGACCGUGGUGAGGGGGGUGGAGGACAAAUGACCCAGCUUUGUGAACUGAUCAAUAAAAGUGGAGAACUGCUAGCAAAAAAUCUGUCCCAUCUGGAUACAGUGCUUGGUGCCCUGGAUGUGCAGGAACACUCUCUAGGAGUUCUUGCUGUCUUGUUUGUGAAGUUUUCUAUGCCCAGCAUCCCUGACUUCGAAACCUUAUUCUCGCAGGUGCAGCUUUUUAUCAGCACUUGUAACGGGGAACACAUUAGAUAUGCAACAGACACUUUUGCUGGCCUGUGCCACCAGUUAACAAAUGCCCUUGUGGAGAGAAAACAGCCCCUGCGAGGAAUUAGCAUUCUCAGACAAGCCAUAGACAAGAUGCAGAUGAACACAAACCAGCUGACCUCAAUACAUGCAGAUCUCUGCCAGCUCUGUUUGUUAGCAAAAUGCUUUAAACCUGCCCUCCCAUAUCUAGAUGUGGACAUGAUGGAUAUUUGUAAAGAGAAUGGGGCAUAUGAUGCGAAGCACUUUUUAUGUUACUACUACUAUGGUGGGAUGAUAUACACUGGGCUAAAGAAUUUUGAAAGAGCACUCUACUUUUAUGAACAGGCAAUAACUACUCCAGCCAUGGCAGUCAGUCAUAUUAUGUUGGAAUCCUAUAAAAAGUAUAUUCUAGUUUCUUUGAUACUACUUGGCAAAGUUCAGCAGCUACCAAAAUACACUUCCCAGAUAGUUGGUAGGUUCAUUAAGCCCCUUAGCAAUGCUUACCACGAAUUAGCACAAGUUUAUUCAACCAAUAAACCCUCGGAGCUUCGAAACCUGGUGAACAAACACAGCGAAACCUUCACAAGGGAUAACAAUAUGGGGCUGGUGAAGCAAUGCUUGUCAUCUCUCUACAAAAAGAAUAUUCAGAGGCUAACCAAGACGUUUUUAACAUUGUCAUUACAAGACAUGGCAAGUCGAGUGCAGUUGUCUGGGCCCCAGGAAGCAGAAAAAUACGUCCUCCACAUGAUAGAAGAUGGUGAAAUCUUUGCUAGUAUUAAUCAGAAAGAUGGUAUGGUCUGUUUCCAUGAUAAUCCUGAAAAAUACAACAAUCCAGCUAUGCUUCAUAACAUUGAUCAGGAGAUGCUGAAAUGUAUAGAGCUUGAUGAACGACUGAAAGCCAUGGAUCAAGAGAUCACUGUGAACCCUCAGUUUGUGCAGAAGAGCAUGGGAUCUCAAGAAGAUGACUCAGGGACCAAACCAUCCAGUUAUUCUUGAAAUUAAUGUUGCUCACCACUCCGCUUUCAAGUAAAGGCUUAUGAAAGAGUCACGCCUGGAAUAGGGCAUUGAGGAGUUCCACGAAGAGAGCAGAGAGAACUGAGCUUUGCUUUUCACCUGGACAUUAAGAAAAUUAAAAGGAAAACAAAACAAAACACACACAAAAAAAA